AUGUGGAUGCGAGAUUGGUCUAGCUGGUUCGACGGAAUCGGAAGAAUAGCCAAACGUGUCGCGGAGCAGGACGCAGAUGCUUGUAUCGGGGGCCGUUUUCGCGACCGUCUCGGUGCAGAAGACGAAACGACGUCGUCCUUAUCAGUUAAUGCCACCUCAAUCAACUCGUUUAUGGCUGCAGGGACGUCCCCGGACCACACAGGCAGGAACACUUCUCCGAUGCACGACUCGUUCAGAAGAUCACCAGGAGAAGUCGAGCCUACCCAAUGGCGGACACAGCGCCCCACAACUCACGACACUCGUCAGACCUUCGGGCCGGGGAUUGAACAUACCAGGAACGGUUCCAAUGACGACGGCUACAGAGAUAGGCACUCUGCCUCACAGGUUUCUUUUGAGAAGGUUUAUUGUGACGGAUACGAUGCUGGGCGCUCCCAAGCGCUCGGUGUUUUGCAGGGGAUUCGAGAGCAGGUCGAAAAGAAAUUCUUGCGGUUGCACAACGGGCCAGACAUGUAUUGCGAGCUUCCUGAUGCAUAUAUCCGUGACUCUCCAUGUAAUGGGACAUUGUCCUGGUCUUGA